AUGUCUACCAUUGGCUCCCCCAUUUCGCGUUUACCUCAAGAGAUUCUCCUCGAAAUCUUUCACGUCGGUUCCUGCCUAACAGGCAGUCCGUUUGACGCGAUGGACUUCUCCAUCUUAGUUUCGUUGGUCUGUUACCAGUGGCGCACCCUGGCCUUAUCUUCAUCGCGAUUAUGGUCCACCAUUUUGUUGGAGUUUGGACAGGACGACUCUUGGCCUGCAGAAAUCUUACACGAGAGCGCGAAAAGUCGCUUCCGACACGUCCCUCAGUUCUUAGAACGCUCCCGUCAGGCCCCUCUUCGGGUUUUUCUUUCCAUACGAGCGUUUGAAGAUGAAUCCGGUCAAUACCAACACGAAAAUGUUGACUUGUGCACCAAAGGGUUCAACUUCCUGCUUGAGGCUGUAGGCAUUCUUCUUGCCCCCCACGGGGCUCGCUUCCGCGAGUUCCAUCUUCUUAGUGGAUCCAUCGCUCCAAUCAUUGAGAUCCUCGCCCAUCUUCCACCGUCCGCCAUGACACUUCUGGAAACCCUGGAAAUCCACUGUUCAGUUCCUCACCAAUCCUAUAUUGGUGACUUCGAGCCUCAGGGAAUCGAUCAUACCCUUUCAACAUUCUUGAACCCCUCUGGGAGCGGAGGGAGAGAGGCCGUAGCAUAUUUUGCUAAUGCGUAUCCCCGUCUGAAAGAUGUGACUCUAUGCGGGAUACCCCUCCCUUGGAGUUCAUUUGCCCCACGUAACCUCACUUCGUUAACCCUCAACUUUCUACCGAUCGACGUUCGACCUCGGGCUGAGGAUCUUCGGGCGCUGCUCCUCGGAAACGCGCACUCUCUGGAGACGUUGUCAAUUCAAGGUUCUGCACCCUGUGAGGAGGGCAAGCCGUUCACCCUCCCCAAAUUGGUAACUCUCUCUUUGGGUUACGCGUACCCGGAAGAAGUGUCUUACCUCAUACCCAACAUCCGAGUACCCAACCUCAAAAACCUGAUAGUCAAGGAUCUGCGCCGCUGCCUGUCUACUUCCGAGGAGGAAGUGGUGGCGUCUGCUGAUCCUUACAGCACCAUAUUGCUCUUCGCCGCCUUAUGUAGACAUUUUCCCCUUCGCACACUCGAGGAACUGACGUUAUGCUACGUCCUCUUCGCUCCCCCCUCUCCCACUUUUGCCCUACGUCGCCCACCCCCCGAUCUCGCGACAACCUCCUGGCCACACUCGUUUUUCUCUCAUCUCAUCUCACUGAAGUCGCUCAAAGUUCACGACCCUGACGAGGGAAUUCUAAAAUCUUUGAACUCCCUUUAUUACAAACCCCAAGUCUCAAAGGAAAUGCAGAGAGUAUACGUCACCUUCCCAAGACUACAAUCUCUACAAUUGCAUUGCAGGGCCUCCGAUCGCGACCUCGUUCGUAGGUUUCUGAACGAUCGCAUCAUGUAUAUUCAACUCGCCCGGAGAUACAACGUGCCCCGGCUGAAAGACAUCACCGUCUCCGCAGCCGCAAAAUGGGCACACCAGCUCGACAUACCUGGACUAGCCUUAAUCGCAGAUCAAGUCACAGGAAUCGAGAAUCAUUGGCCACGUGGCAACGCCACUGCUCCGACCUUUGUCCAACCUCCAACGCCGACACUGGAUACUCAAGCGCUGUCCGCUAUUUCACAUGUUCGUGAUUACUCCACAAUUCAAACUCGGGAAUACUACAUGCGGUUUCUCACCUCUCAUCGAGCCACUCUCUCCGUCAUUCGCCGAAUCCCAAAUGAGCUCUUGGAUAGAAUCUUUACUAUGGUUGCAGAAUCUAAUUGUGGACAACCCUGGACGUUGGGACUCGUGUGCCGCCGGUGGUGGAUAGUCGCUUCAUCAUCCAUUCCUCAGGUACGACCCAGUGGGGAAUAUGCCACUAUUUCGUGGAAAAAGAGCGGCUCAUCCUCCAUGGUGAAUCCGUACAUGUACCGGUCGCUCAAGCCAAUAUCCAUUUCCAUUCAUAAUGUUGAUCCUACUUUAGGUGCCAAAGCGUACGAGGCUGAAGCAUCUGAUUCAAAUCUAUGUCUCGCCAGCGAUCGUUGGGUAUCGCUAUCAUUGGACUUGGGGAACACGAAUUUCACCACUCUCUCUCAAACUAUCCGAAAUAAUCUCCCUCUCCUGCGCUCCCUCAACAUUAAAUUAACUUCGAAACCUGAAGGAUGGUUGGGCGGUUUUCUCAACGCCUUUGAGAACGCCCCGCAACUGCGAGAGCUUGAAGUGGAGGCCCAUUCCUCCCAUUUUUUGGUGCUUCCAUGGCACCAGAUAACUCGAUAUGUUGAGCGUUGUCAAAUGCCCGUCGCUCUCACAAGGCUUAUACGGGAUGAUUCUAUCUUAGAAGAUCUCACUUAUAUUGUUUCCUCCACCACCAUACAUUUCCCACCAGCAACUCUAAAGCAUCUCGAACACCUUGAUAUCAGGGCCCCGGGUGCAUCGCUAUAUUACACCCUCACAGUCCCAGCUUUGAAGCGUGUACGGUUGCAGCUCGACACUGGGGACGCUAUUGAAAAAAUAAUCCAUCUGAUACAACAAUCGUCCUGUAAUCUUACGAAGAUCUCGAUCCAUGCUCGAUCUAUGGAAGAAUCUAGUCUGUUUACCCUUCUACAACUAACGCCACAGCUCCUAGAAUUGGAAUGCAAUGACCUUCCAAUUAGCGAUCUCCUUAAUCUAACAUUUUUUCCCAAUAUACUUCCCAUCGCCCCCCUCCUAAAAAAGCUAGUGUUGCACUGUUCUUCAAGAGCCUUUUACCAGGAACUCAUGGCGAUGAUAGAAUCCCGGGCUAAGUUCGGGGAGCGAUACACACGGAAACUUCCUCCUAAUUCUGUGGAGCGCUUGGAUGUUCAAAUGGUAUUUCCAAGCUCCGAGGAGUGUGUGGAAGCGCAUUCACUCCUUGAGGGAUGGGAACAGCCAUCGACAGCCAAAUUCUUGAAGGUCAAGAAUAUGGCAGCACAACUCCAGUCGACACUCGAUGUCUGGCGUCGGCCUCAACUUCGAAAUGGAAUAAUUCAGUCCGUUCUGGAUGUGAAAAAAACAUGUAUCGAAGCCGAACGUCUGAUCCUGGAUGUUAUGUUUUUGAAUACGUCAAGAGUCCACAAGGCGGUCUAUGAAAUAAUUCAGAUGGGACCAAAUAACAUACCCUAUGAAGAGAAGUAUCGGUUCUACAAGCGCGCAGAAGCUCUUAUUCACGAAUGGACUCCGCUCCUGCUGGCGGAUAUUGAUAGUCGUUGCUGGAUUCAGCAGGGGAAAUAUUCUCUUUUAUACGUUGGAGAGAAACAAGCGGAUCCUCCAUACAGAGAUAUUUUAUUCGGGAAGCCACAGGAUGUCGAAGAAUCAGAGUUAUUCUGGUACAGGUGCUCCCCCGAUGAUGGAUAGACUUGUCCGUCUCUCAGCCAGAAAUCCGAGAGGAGAACAACAAUUCUAGGGCUUCCAAUGUGAGCCUAGGAAAUACGUGUGUAGCUAUUACCAAAUCCAAAAUAGUCGUGCCAUAUACCGGCACAACCCAAUUGGAACCAGGUAAUCUCCUAGGAAUACUAUUCAGAGGGGGCAAGGCAACGACCGCGGCGGUUGCGAUGGCAGUCAGAUACUCUGACUACAAUUUUCUUAGGCUUGAUCUAUUGUCCGAUUCUUAUUUAGCAUCUUACUACCUACUCACGAAAUGGAUGAAUGACUCAAAAAUCGUGGGAGACGGGGGUACGCCAAUAUUCGACCUGGUCCCUCAAGCUAGAAUUAAGGUGUCGCGAUUUGCAUAA